AUGUCUGACGUUGAAGAAGUUGUCGAAGUCCAAGAAGAAGUUGUUGAACAAACUGCUGAAGUUACCAUCGAAGAUGCCCUAAAGGUUGUUCUAAGAACCGCUUUGAUCCACGAUGGUCUAGCUAGAGGUCUAAGAGAAUCCACCAAGGCUCUAACCAGAGGUGAAGCUCAAUUAGUUGUCCUAGUUUCUUCUGUUACUGAAGCUAACAUCACCAAGUUGGUUGAAGGUCUAGCUAACGACCCAGCUAACAAGGUUCCAUUAAUCAAGGUUGCUGAUGCCAAGCAAUUAGGUGAAUGGGCUGGUCUAGGUAAGAUCGACCGUGAAGGUAACGCCAGAAAGGUCGUUGGUUCCUCUGUUGUUGUCGUCAAGAACUGGGGUGCUGAAACUAGUGAACGUGACAUGAUCCUAGAACACUUCUCCCAACAAUAA